CUUGCGUCUCAAAUCUGGCCACACUGAUGUAUACUAAAGUUCAAUGCCAUAGAUUAUCGAAUAGUGUCCAACCUGUAUCCGUGGAUGAUCCGUGUACAGAGUCUGACAGAGUUGUGAGUGGGUUGUGCGGCCCGGUUACUUGGACACGUUUGUGGUUAUCAAGUUUGACAAUAAACAUCGGGCCGCAUUGUAUGACUUGGAGUUAACGAUUCGCCAACGAUGGGUGGGUUGCUCAGUUAUUUCCGUAACCUGCUCGGCAGCCGCGAGAUGCGCAUCCUGAUUCUGGGUCUAGACGGCGCCGGCAAGACCACGAUUUUGUACAGGUUGCAGGUGGGUGAGGUAGUAACUACAAUACCAACCAUAGGGUUCAAUGUAGAACAAGUUAUUUACAAAAAUUUAAAGUUCCAAGUUUGGGAUCUUGGUGGUCAGACGAGUAUACGACCAUACUGGAGGUGUUAUUAUUCAAACACAGAUGCAAUAAUUUAUGUGGUAGAUUCAGCAGACAGAGAUAGAAUAGGCAUAUCAAAGGAUGAAUUAAUUCUCAUGUUGCAAGAGGAAGAGUUGCAAGGUGCCAUUUUGGUCGUAUUAGCGAACAAACAAGAUAUGGCAGGGUGCCUCAGUGUUGCAGAAGUCCAUCAAGCGCUUGGAUUGGACGCUCUCAAGAACAGAACCUUCCAAAUAUUCAAAACUUCCGCGACAAAGGGCGAAGGACUUGACCAAGCGAUGGACUGGUUGUCAAAUGCACUGCAGAGUAGAAAAUGAUCAAUAUUAUGUCAGAAUAAUUCAUAUACAAGCCUUACAAGGGGACUGGUCAUACGACUGUCACUUUGAAUCUGUGUCACCGGGAUUGUUCUGGAGCACAGCAAUGUUCUGUUUAUUUAUUGUAAUUAUUAUUAUUUUAAAUAUCCUUUGUAAUUUACAGGAAAAGUAGUCACUACUUUUUCAUGCAGAGAACACGCGAUAAUAAGAAAAUCAUUUUAUCUUUCUAUAAGACUUAAAACUAUUUAAUAUAAUUAGAGGGUUCUUUUUUCAAUUUAGAUUUUUUGCACUAAUAGGUAUCAUAUCAUUGUGCUAUAUGUGAAUAGUCUCUGAGAAGAGAAAUAAUUUGAUUAAAAACUUGUUCCUCACUGAA